AUGAGACUACCAGGGACCAAACGUCGUCGUCUUAUCCUAAAACAAGAAAGAGCAACUCAAAAGGAUGCAUUUGAGGCUUCAGAGGGUCCACUUAUCAAUCAGGUUGGUCUUGGUGCAGAAGCUGACAUUGAAAAAGUACCAGAUCCCAUUACCAAGCCAACAUUUAGUGCUGUUCAAAAGCUGAAGAACAUGAAGCCAACAUUCAUUGUUUUUGAUUUGGAAACAACUGGGCUUAUCAGACAAGGAGCCAUGCCUCAUAUUACUCAAAUUGGUGCUGUGGAGAUGGAGUCUGGAGAUUCAUUCUCGACUUAUGUUCUACCAAAAAUACCCAUAGAGCCUGGAGCAGAGCAAACGACAGGAAUAGUCUGCGAUGGAACAUCAGUUUACACUUAUGGAUCCAAAGUUGUUGCAGCUCCCAUUCGUGACGCGGUUUCAAAUUUUCUUACCUGGUUGAGUACAUUAGGAAUAAUGGAGUCAUCAUCAUAG